AGCCGAGGCAAACGUCUGACUCGCCAGCCGACAGUGUCAGACGUUUCAGCUGUCAGUUCGUGGGGCACAGUGGGACGGCGCUGUAAUGAUAAUUGUUUAUUUUUUAAUUAUUUCCCAGUUACAAUUGUGUUUCACCCUUAAAAUCGUUAAAUUUGUAUUAAUUUUGAAAUCACUUUUUUGCCAACCACAGCUUUUUGAAUUCAGACAAAAGAAUGCAAUUUUUGUGCAACACCAGAACGUCAAUUGCUGCCAACCGGGUGUUUGUCCGAACUGUCACGUCGUAUUGUGACAUUUGCAGCAAGCAGCGAGAAGCAGGAGCACGCUGUUUUGUGGGAUUUCAAAAUCCACAUGUUAUUUACAAGUGCCCCGCAAAAGUGAAUUAAAAACCAUCAUACACACGAACAAUGUUUAGUAUAUCGCGAGAGUUUUCGCCCUGCGGCAAGUAUUGCGCCUACAUCAGCCAGCAGGGCAAGUUCGUCGUGCACAAUGUGGAAACGAGCGACAUCCAUCAGGUGUACACGCCGAACAUGCACCUGAACGUGCCGUGCACCAGCUUUGCCUGGUUUCAGGUCGGGGGCGAUGCUCCAGCCAAGACGAAAAAGAAAUCGAAAAAAGCGCGAGCCAGCCUGGGGGACAACGUGCAGCUGCUGGUCGCGUUCGGCACGAGCAAGGGCGGCGUUGCGUUCUACAGCCUCGCGACGGCCAGCAUCGAACGGUCGUGCAAGGGCGACGGCCAUACGGCACCCAUCACGGCAAUCUACUUCAACGCGAGCCACAAUCCGGACACACUCUACACGGCCGGUGCCGAUGGGAAGGUGAUCGAGUGGAGCAUUAGCCAGUGCAAGCAGCAGAAGGUGCACCACAUCGGGGUGGAGAAGCUGAGCUGCGUGUUGGCCCACGGCGAUAAGAUUCUUACCGGCGCCAAGCAGCUAAAACUGUGGGACGCCGAGAGUGGCACGGUGGAGCGGACGCUGGCUGGCCAUACGGCCAAUACGCAGCUGCUGCAGCUGAUAUCGCUGGACGAGGAGCACGUGUACGCCCUGUCCGGGUCGGUGAACGAUCGGAACCUUUCCCUGUGGUCGCUCAGCGAUAAAGACUCCACCUCGGCGGUGGCAGCAUUCGCCCUGGACGAUGUGCCCGAAUAUAUUGCGCCGAAGAUUGUGGACCGGAAAUUGCACCUGAUGGCAGUGUCGCGGACUGGCGUUGCGCACUACUUCGUGCGCGAUAUGGGCAAGCUGAGCGUGAAGAAACCGUACCGGGCGGCCCACACGUUCGAGAUCGCCGUCGACACGGUGAGCACCAAGAAGCAAGCGGUCGACCGGCUGCCCGUGUUUGUGGCCACCGUUCAGUACGCGGCCCAGCAGGAGCAGAUACUGCUCGGCUACGGAACGGAGCACAGCGUGCGCUUCGAGCACAUUGCCAUCGAAGAGGACGUAAAGCAGAACGUUAUCAUCCGCGAGCCGAUGAAGGUGAUGGAGGGCAAAGCGAAGGAUGGGGAGCUGAAGGCAAAGACCCCCAUCUUGGACAAGGUCGAAUAUCUGAACUCGGCAAAUUCUGCUAGGAAAUCGGUCAAGGAGGUGGAAAUUCCAAUGGAAGUUCGGCUGGAAAACCUUUCCACGCCCAAAACGAGCUCGAAGAACAUGAUUCACCUGCUGAUGCAAGGCAUGCACAGUCGCGAUGCCACCCUGCUGAAGAGCGUCUUUGCGGUGGACGAUGCGGAAAUGAUUCAGCAAACGCUCGAGCGCCUUCCUUCACAAUACGUUAGCCCGCUGCUAAACGAACUGUCCCACUUGAUGCAGAUGAAAACGAUGCACGUCAAAACAGCCGUCUGUUGGUUGAAACCGCUGAUCAGCAUACACGCCAGCCAGCUGAUGGCGCUCGGUUCGACAAAUCUGCUCGCCAACUUCAGCACCUGUCUCGGAAUCAUCGAGUACCGGGUGGAACACUUGAAUUCACUUUCAAAGCUGCGUGGCCGAUUAGGCUUGCUGAUCGAUCAGAUCGAUCGCAGCAAAAACCAGGCGGCUAAUCUGGACGAUAUAACCAGUGGGAAUGUGCUGGUGUACCAGGAGGGCGACGAUUCCGACGUUGAAUCCAUGCUAGAGAAGGACGAUCCAGAUCUGCCCGGUUCGUCCAACGAGGAGAUGUACGAUGAUGAUGAUGACGACGGUGAGGAGGAUGAGACGGUGCACGAGAAUGGUGAUUUCGGAUCGUUUGUGAAGCGGCGGCAAAAUGGGUAUUCUAAAAAGGAUAGCGAUGAGGAAUCGAUGGACGUGUCCGAUUGAAAAAAGCGCUGAAAUAGUCCUGGUCCUGCACUAAUGAUGCUGUACAAUAAAUGAUUAUUGUAUGAUAGUCGUAAAUGUCCGGUUUCUUUACAUAAAGUUCGUAGUUAUAAUACAUGUUUCCCAAAUAUCAACCUUCCCAGAUUAUGUUCAGUUAUUUUGCCGUGGAUAAAAUGUCAUAUUUAGUUCGAAGAUUUUCUAUAAACGUCUGAUUAAUCCGACUACACAAAAUGGCCCUAUUUAUUAUGGCGCAACUGUAGACCCCAUCAAAGGCGUAUUUUCAAAUAAAAUAAAAUUAGAUGAUUGAA